GCAGGUCUACAGCAAAUCUACACGGGCCAUAUGCAUCCGGAGAGCAUUCAACAUGCGGCUCACUUACGGGAACACCUCCCGAACUUGGAGCUGCAUUCAGCGCAGAUGGAGCAACAGCUGGCGGACCAAAGGGAACGCCAUGAGGCGCAGCGCUUGGCAACGCAACUGGAGGUCGAGACCUUGAGACGGAGCCUUGCCCUACAUACUCAGAGGCUCCACGCCAAAGAGCAGGAGAGCACCUGGCUCCGAAGACAUGCUGAGGCCUUAGAGGACGAACUCCUUCAUCUUCAAGGCCGACGAGCACCAGGCACCGCUGGUUACGCUGCUCACGGCAUUGCCGCUGCGCGGCAGG